AGGCUGGGUGGUAAACAGGAAGUGGACCUUUGGAGCUCUGGUGGCGGUAGGUGACGCGGGACCCAGGGUCUCCAGAGUCGGGGACCGUUGUCGGUAAUCAGACUUUUUUUGUGGCAGCCGGUUUAGGCGGCAGGCUCGAUCCGACUGUUGUGCUGCGUGGCUUUAAAGACACCCUUCCUUGCAUCUGCAGGUGGGUGUGUCGUCUUUCUACCCCACCCUUCGAAUUCUCGAAAACCGGAGUGCCAGUCUCUCACCGGACAGAUCGGGCAGGGGUAGAGGACACAGUAUUCACCCUCUUCGUUCCUAAACUAAAAGUCUGUUCAACCGAAGUCCAGUGCUCUGCUACUCAAAAGUGCAGUUUGGGAACCAGCAGCAUCAACUUCCGAGGUCUACCCCAGACUGUUGAAUCAGAACCUGCAUUUUUAACAAGAACUCCCACCCCUUGUCCCAAGGAAACAUCUGGAGAAAAUGACACAUUGGUUUCAUAGGAACCCAUUAAAAGCCACGGCGCCUGUCUCUUUUAACUACUAUGGUGUAGUCACUGGCCCUGCUGCUUCAAAAAUUUGCAGUGACCUGAGAUCAUCCAGAGCACGACUGCUUGAAUUGUUCACUGAUUUGAGCUGUAAUCCAGAAAUGAUGAAAAAUGCAGCAGAUUCAUAUUUUUCACUUUUACAAGGUUUCAUUAAUUCAUUGGAUGAAUCUACCCAAGAAAGCAAGUUACGAUACAUUCAAAAUUUCAAGUGGACUGAUACAUUACAGGGACAGGUUCCAAGUGCCCAGCAGGAUGCUGUUUUUGAAUUAAUUUCCAUGGGAUUUAAUGUUGCUUUAUGGUACACCAAAUAUGCUUCAAGACUGGCUGGAAAAGAAAACAUAACAGAGGAUGAAGCAAAAGAAGUCCAUCGAAGCUUAAAGAUUGCGGCUGGGAUUUUUAAACAUUUAAAGGAAAGUCAUAUCCCAAAGCUCAUUACACCUGCAGAAAAGGGGCGGGAUUUAGAGGCACGACUCAUAGAAGCUUACAUCAUCCAGUGUCAGGCUGAAGCUCAAGAAGUAACAAUUGCUCGAGCAAUUGAGCUGAAACAUGCUCCUGGACUCAUUGCUGCUCUGGCAUAUGAAACAGCCAAUUUCUAUCAGAAAGCUGAUCAUGCUUUAUCCAGUUUGGAGCCUGCAUACUCUGCUAAAUGGAGAAAAUAUCUUCACUUGAAAAUGUGUUUCUACACAGCUUAUGCUUAUUGUUAUCAUGGUCAGACUUUGUUGGCUAGUGAUAAAUGUGGUGAAGCAAUCAGGUCGCUCCAAGAAGCAGAAAAAUUUUAUGCAAAGGCAGAAGCAUUAUGCAAAGAAUAUGGAGAAACCAAAGGACCUGGACCAACAGUCAAACCUUCGGGACACUUGUUCUUUAGGAAACUUGGAAAUCUUGUGAAGAACACUCUAGAGAAAUGUCAGCGAGAAAAUGGAUUUAUUUACUUUCAAAAAGUUCCAACAGAAGCCCCACAACUGGAACUUAAAGCAAAUUAUGGUCUUGUAGAACCUGUACCUUUCGAAUUUCCUCCUCCAAGUGCACACUGGACACCAGAAACGUUGGCUGCUUUUGAUCUCACCAAAAGACCCAAGGAUGACAGUGCUAAACCCAAACCAGAAGAAGUGGUGAAACCUGUGAAAGAACCAGAUAUCAAACCUCAAAAGGACACUGGGUGCUACAUCUCCUAAACUACAUUGAUCCAAUAUGCACUUUGAAUUUCUCUACCAGUAGAUAGGAUAAACCAUGGAAGUUCAUGUAUCCUGCAAUGAUUUCUCUAAAGCCUAUAGAUUAAUUUAGUACAUUCAGAGGGAAUCUUCCUUCAGUUUAUUCUUGAUUUCUAACACAGUAGAAAUGUUUUCUGCUUUUUUUCCAAACUCCUUUUGAAUCAGGACAACCUGUGAACAAUUUUUAUUGCACCUCUAAAGGGCGUGCUUGGGGAUUGGGUUUUUCCUCCAAACAUCUGGGUAGUAGUCAGUUUCAGAUUAAACACUGUAGGCCAGAAUCAUGUGGUUUCAGGUGUGUUUUUCUACCUUCACAAAGAAAAAUUUAUUUUCCUUCCUCCUAUUUGAUACCAGAAGAAUGACAAGAGUCAGUUUUUAACAGAUAGUUUUUUCCCCUCUCCAUUAUGUCAGCUGGUAGCACAGACUUGUUAUAUUCCGUGUCAGUUACCUUUUCUGGUGGAGAAAAAAAUUACUUUCAGUUAAGGAUCAAAAAAUCUUCAUACCAAAUCACUUACACACACAUGUUGGAGUCUGUAACUAAUUCAUUAGUGUUUAUAGGCAUAUUAAGACCAUCCAAAAACGUAACUCCUCUGCUGGUAGCCCUGCACUUCAUUUCAGCCUCAAUAAACAAACCUACAAUAUUUUUUAAAGUAGUUUUUCUAAUGGAUUUUUUUUUUACUUAGGGGACAGAAGUUUGUAACAGCUCUUAGUGUUUCUAUGUGAGAGGACAGUGAAAUGUUUUUGUAGAAGUCAUAUACUUCCUGAUGAAAAGAAGGAACUUGAAACCUAAACACGAUAGGUUGUCCUGAAUUACACUGGUAAAUCUCUACUUCUUGUUGCAGAAGUUAGGGUGAUGCCUUUGCUACCUGAUUUCUGUGUAAGUGAUUUUUAUAUAGUUUUCUAAUAACACUUACACUCAGAGUUGUAAUGCUUUAGGUCAAAGGCCAUAGCAAAAACUUAGCCAACAGAUAUAGUAUAUCGUAAAAAACAGCUUGUAAUAUUUGAAAUAGUUUAGUAUAUACACAAUCCUGGGAAAUAGUGGAUAUUUAAUACUUUAACAAGAAUCACCCCUGUAGAUUUAUCUUCCUUUGAGUUUCCUAGGGCGUUAGCUAAUUUUUCUAUUAUAAGUGACAGGUUGGUUCAAAUAAUAGAAACAGUAGUGUAUGUUAAGAGCUUACUCCAUGCUAGCCACUGUGCUGAGCACUUACAUAGAUAAACCUUUGAAUCUACACAGCAAUUCUGUGAGAAACAAGUAAAAUCUGCACAAAGUAUUGAGAUAGGAAUAAACAUUACAUUAGGAAGUAUAAAUACAUUAUGCCUGUCUGAAUCAGUAUUGUUCAAAUAAAUGAUUAUUUAAAUCAUAGUUUAUGUUCUUGGGGGAAAAAGCUAUAUAAAAUCAGUGAGGGUUUUUUUUUAACAUAUGGAAAUGCUAAUUACUCCUUGCUGUAUUACACUUAAUAUUUGAAGCUGCAGUUUCCAGAAUAAGUGAAGUAAUAACUGGGCAGACAUUUAGUUUUAUUUUGUUGUUUAUAGAAAAAGACACUUUAAUUUCACUAUAUUUUCUGUGCUUUUCUGCCAUUUACUGACAAAACUUUAAACAGUACUUGAUGCCAGCUUUAUUACUCUUGGCCUAAGAUCUAUUUAUUUUAGGAACUAGUGCUUAUUUAGCCUAGUUACUAAAUUUUCACAUUGACAUUUUUAUGGGUCCUACUACUAUAUAUGGAAUGAAAACGUGUAAUAAAUGCGUAGUGCUUCUGUAAAAUGCAGUAAAUGCUGGUAUUAACAUUUAAUCAAUUGGCAACUUCAACAUAAGCAGAUAGUAAAUAUUCUGUUGACUCAGCAAAUGUGACACUUUGUGACUAAACUGUCCCAUUUUUUAUAUUAUAUAUGUAUAUACACACCGUCCUUUGAAAAUGGUGUUGGAAAUUUGGGGAAGUUAACAAAUGUAAGGAAGUUGCAUGAACGUCUUAGAGAGAUGUAACUGUGUUAACUGUUGCAUACUUAGUUUAAUCCAGAUAAUGACAGCUAACAUCCUGCUAAAGGUAUUGUUAAUACACUGAAUUAUCUUUUUAUUUAUGAAAAUAAAAGUGAUUUUACUUACA